AUGCCAUACCCUUCACCCAUGCAACCCCAGCCCUCACCCAGGGAGCAUGGGCCGGAACACCUGUCCAGCGUAUCAAUCAUAGGAACAACACCGGACUCGGGUCUAUCCGAGUUAGGUGCUCCCUCCGCACAGGAUCAGUAUUCUGUGAGUUGCCAGGAGCCGUACAGUUCAAAUUUUGGCAAUGAACUCGUUCUGGAUCCUCUUCUGGCACAGGAUACGGUCCCCUCGUACCCCACCCUGAGCAGCUUCCCGGUAUUCUUCGAGCAAGUGAUGCUCCCGGGCGUCGACGCGGUGACAGCCCCACAUGAAACUCAUCAGCCUCGUGGAGUCUUUGACUUCAUGUUGGAUACAGAUUUUAGUUUUGCGGGUAAUGAUCUCUUCGGUACUGAUUUCAUCCCCGACCUAGAUCGCAUACUUGACAACUCGGCGCCUAUUUUUGGUUUUGAAGAUGCGUCAAGCAAGGAGUUGAAUCAUCAAGAAGCGGCUAGUCGGCGAGCUGCAGCAUUUGAGCGCUCGUUCUGGCAAUGGGUACCAGCAAAAAACCAGCACGCCUUCAGCGAAGAGAAGAGAAUCCCUUUACGAGACGGUGACAGUAUCUCACCAACGCAUAGAAAUCGGCUCGAUGCUCUCAAAAUACCAGGGAAGCUUUCCAUGCAGGCAAGGGAUGAUAUCUUCAAGCUGGUUGUGCAAACUGCCGGCUCUCGACUUUCGGUCUCUUCUUUCCCAUCAUCCGAAUAUCUGGAUACUCUGAUCAAAAUUGGAAUCGGAAAGAGAACCGAGACAGAUGCCUUUAUUCACCCUUAUAGCUUUUACGAGCAACAAUUGCGACCGGAGCUAUUGACUGGACUUGUUGCAGCUGGAUGCGUCUGCUGCGGCUUGUCUUCGAUCAAUAAAACCGGGAUCAUCUUGCAAGAAAUUACUCGAGCAUCCCUCGCACAGCUGGUUGAAAAUGACAACAGUGUUUUAAGGGAUCUACAGUGGCUACAAGCGUCCAUGUUAUGGUUGGAUAUUGGCAUAUUUUGCGGCUAUAAACGCAAGAUGCAAAUUGCCGAGAGUUAUUUACAGCCUCUAUGCACCGCAUUUCGACGCGCUGUCGCAUUUGACCGAUCAACAUAUUCGCUCCUAGUGCCACCGAUCGGGGAUGACGAGAGUUUGCUUCGGAAAGUAUGGCACGAUUGGAUAAAGCAAGAGUCCUUGAAAAGGUAUGGGUUUACAUCCUACGCGCUUCGUCAUAUGCUAAUCUUGGUAAGACUGGCAUAUCAUUUAUUCGGCCAUGAUGUGGAAGUCGCCAUGGCAAUGAACCGACCUGCUCUCAUCUCCUAUACUGAGCUGACUCUCCCUUUUCCUGCCGCGCGAGAUCUCUGGCUCGCACCAACGGCAAGCGCAUGGAGAGAUAUAUGGUUGGAGAAGUAUCAAUCUGUUGGGGUAUCCGAUUUGAGCCUUCGAGAUUUGCUAUCGGACCCGUCAUUGGUAACGACCAUUCCCAUUGACAAAGAUUUCGAUAUUGCGAGAUCAGCAUUACUAUAUGGUCUGGCCAGUCAGACAUGGGAAUUUCGCCAACAUAUGAUUUUGUCAAAAGGGUCGCCAUUUGGCUCACGUGCUAUGGCUCAGCUGUGGCUACAGAGCAGACAAGAUGAUAUGUAUUCAACAUUGAAGUCGCUACAAGAGGAGGUAACAAAAACUCCACCGGUCAUCACUUUACUCAACGAGUUCGUCAUGAUGUAUCUUCAUAUCGACGUAGAUGCAAUCCAACGGUUUGUGGGGAAGUUUGGAGAGCUCGAUGCCCGUCGGGCGUACCCUGGCCUUCGGGAGUGGAGUCGAACCAAAGACGCUCGAGCCGGGAUCUGGCACGCUGGUCAGGUCUUACGCGCCGCCCGUGCGGUCGCAGCCCACCAGCUACGCGGAUUUGAUGCAAUGGCUAUCUACCACGCUGCAUUGGUUCUGUGGGUCUUUGGUCUUCUUCAGUGCGGCGAGUCUACGCGACACGAUGCUCAUACACCUCUGAGCGAGAAAGAGUCCCCUCCGAGCAUUCCACUUGAUGGGCCACAUGGUCCACUGGUCAGGGCAUUCUUGGCGCAUGGGCAUGGUCGGCCUGGGCUGACGGUUUUCCAGCCCCGAAGUGGCCCUAGUGGUGACUCCUCGGUUUUCUGUGAGCUUAACAAGCCUCGGUCUGUUAUGGCCAUUGCCCGGCAAGUUUUGGAAGGGAAUUGUCCUCGUGUCUUUCCGGAAGAUACCCUACCGCCCAUGAUCCAGAAUCUCUGUGAGCUUAUUGAGGAUUUGGGCAGUCUUCCCUAA